CCUUGCUUCCCUCUCACUAAAAAAAAAAAAACCCCCCUCCGAGUCCGAACCAAGCAAGAACCCGUCCCAAGUUAGAGGAAAACGAUCCAUCCCCAGUGGGUGAGAUCUAAAGCCAACCCCUCUAUCGUCCUAGUCCAGCAACACUCGGAAUCUGCGCAAUCCCAGCGAUUACCCACUUCAUAGUUUCUUCUGCGAAGUGGGGAUUUGAUUGCUUUGCUUGCAUCUGAUGUUCGGAGGUCAAGUGGUACCGCCUGGCAAUAGUCCGCAUUUGAGGAAGUCUGGUAGCCGACCUGUUGUCUUUGAUCUUGGCGGGGAGCAAGGAAAUGGUGCAGAAGAAGGGUUCUCGCAUUCAAUAGAGGCCGAUAACUUAAAAAUUCUCCCAAUGUCACUGAGUGCCGCAGCUGCCAUAAUGCCAUCUCCAAUACUGUUGUGGAGAUUCAAGGUGCUUUUGUUCUUUCUAUGGGGUUUCUUUUGUUGUAAGAUUGGAUGGAGUUCUGUUAUGAGAAUGAGUGCAAAUUUGAGGGACCUUUUUCUCUAUGAGGUUUUCUUGUAUUACAAUCCUCUUCUUCUUGUGACAUUCGCAGUUUGGCUUUGGGGGUCUAAUUUGUGGGUCUUCUCCCAGUCAACUGUUAGUUAUGCUAAGAUUUUUGAUCUUGACCAAAACCAUCUCAAUCACAGAGAAAUAUGGAAGGUUGCCAUGUGGAUGACAAUAGUUGUCCCAAGUAGCAUGACAGCCUACCUGUAUCUCUAUUCCCAUGGCGAAGUGUCUUUGGCAGCAUCACAACCAGUUCUACUCUAUUGUGCUGUUGCAAUGCUUUUGAUAUUCCCCUUCGAUAUAUUCUACUUGUCGUCGCGCUACUUCUUGUUGAGGACCCUUUGGCGGAUAGUUUUCCCUCUACAGGCAAGUAGCCAUUUACUCUGGUGCUGUAUCGCUGUAUAGCAUUUCAUAGUUGUAUCCUAUUGCUGAAUGUCCUUUGCAUAUCCAUCUAGUGGAACACCUGUAGACCUUAUUUUUACUUUGUUUUCUAAGAGGAGCCAGGCCCGACACUUUUUUUGGAAACUGUUAAUCUCUUUCCUGGCUGUAAUGUGAAGAGUUUAUAGUAAUGAUAGUCAUGCUUUAUGGUUUUAUUUUUCUGUUGCAGGCAAUUACAUUUGCUGACUUCUUCUUGGCUGAUAUCUUAACCUCAAUGUCCAAGGUCUUUUCUGAUCUGGAGCGUUCAGUUUGUCGAAUGGUUCACCGACAGGUUGCAACCAUUGCAUGGUUUGAAGCAGACUCUAUUUGUGGUAGCCACUCUGUUGCAAUCCCUUUGGUUCUUGUUCUACCUUAUCUGUUUCGGCUAUUCCAGUGUCUUCGGCAAUAUAAAGAUACGAGGGAAAGAACAUCUCUUUUUAAUGCCUUGAAGUAUUCAACUGCGGUUCCAGUCAUUUUCCUAUCAGCACUAAAGUAUCAUGUCUUCCCUGAGAGGUGGACAAACUUCUAUCGUCCUCUGUGGCUUCUUUCAAGUGUGUUGAACUCUUUAUAUUCCUUCUAUUGGGAUGUCACCCGAGAUUGGGACUUAAGUGGCUUCACUCGGAUUUUCAAAUUCAACAGGCCGAGUAUCUGGUCAUACAUAUUGCAUGGAAGGAAAUGGGUAAGUUCGUGCAGUCAAAUGCCCAAAUUAAUUUUGCAUAGGUUCUUCAUCCGGAUUAGUUCUGAGAUCAAGAUAACUCUGUGAUAUUGAUCUUAAUAUCUUUGCACAAACUUGACUACUCGUUAAUUUCCCCACAGAUAUGGAUUAAGUGCCCAUUAACAAAUAGAAGUAAAUACUAGAAAGAAGGGCAAAGGAAAUUUUGAUUUCCAAGCUGAUGAUAUGAGUUCUUGGACUGGUUGUUCCUAGUUGUCAUAGGUAACUGGCAAGCUAUCUGUUGCAGGUUUACUUUUGGGUCAUUGGGAGCAAUUUGAUUCUGCGGUGCACAUGGACGUACAAGCUCUCAGCUCAUCUACGGCACAACUACCUGACUGUUUUUGCGAUAGCUGCCUUGGAGAUCUUCAGGCGUUUCCAGUGGGUGUUUUUCCGGGUUGAGAAUGAAUGGAACAAGAUGAAUUCCAAGUCAACCACUCAGAUCUCAAUGAGCGAGAUGUCAGCAGAGGAAGAGAAGUUAAAACUGCUUGCUUCUAGUGAUCACAACGUAUAGAUACACACAGUCGCCUGAGCUCUGUUGAACAUGAUGAUCCUCCAUUUACCCUUUUUGGCGGCAGUUUCAAUACCUGUAUUCUCUUACUGCUUCAGUUUUGAUGUUAAUAGAAGGGAUAGGAUGUUGCACUCGAAACUCGAAAGAGAAUAGUAGAUAUAUACAAGUUUACUGAUGUUAUUGAUACAAGCAAUACUGAAGUUUCUGUUCAAGUGAAAAGGUGGCCUUGAAAAUUUGUAGGCCUUGAUUUAAUCUACUGU